UCUAUUAGUCAAUAUGACAGCAUCAAGCAACUUCUGAGAGGCGUCUCUAUCCGUUAAAAUGACAGCAUCAAGCAUUAGAUAAGUCUUUAUUUUUUUUUUUCAAAUUAAUGUUUUUAUUACUCAAACUUAUUACGAAUGUUGUAUUCACUUCAAAUAGGCUAGGUUUUAGACCCACCAAAAUGAACGUAGUGUAGCCUCGUAACCAGGUACUUUCACGGCUCGAGCGUUAGCGUUACUAGCCAUUUAAACGUCGCGUGCACACGAGCUGCGCGCAGGGUUGUUACUCAGUGCUUCCUGCUGGCUGGCAAUUCGAGAGGCACGAGUUUGAUCACGCUAAGGAAUUGAAACCGUGCGGUUAGAUCCGACCACAGAAAACUUUCGAAACACGUCAUGCAGUAGUUACUAAAAAUCUUUGUUUUAAAGACUGUUAGAGGAUACGUUUUCGUGAGGAUUUCGCAGUUUGCUGUAUAUGAUCUAGUGUUAGUCAAUGAUCUCUACGUCCUGAUAGGAAAUUUAAAACAACAGGAGCUUCUAUAUUUUAGGGUUCCGUAUGGACUGGCUCCGACUAUUUAUAAAGAGAGAAAUACCUAUUCUACCUCCAAAGAUCCCCGAGCGUCAGCAGGCUGGCAACAAGAAUUUGGAACAAACGGAGAUGGAAAACAGCAACAAACAACAAGAGUCUUGUUUCUCAUUUACUUGCAUCUUCUGUUGGACCACAGUAGUGAUCACUGCCGCGGCAACAGCAUGUCUUUCCGUCGCCCUGCUCACAAAUCACUGGGAGGCCGUCAUUUUCAGGCGGAACCAGGUACACAACGUCGCCAAUAACAGCCAGCACAGGGUGAUGUGGGUGAGUAACCAGGUGGCCCGUGUUAAGGCUGCAUACUACAACGUCCCUCGAGAUGUGGAGAAGAUCGCCACCUACUACAAUCAACAGAAAUGGAACGGCAGUUCUGAGGGUUUCGUCUACCUCGUUCCUCUACAUGGGGGAGUAUACUCAAUCUGCACUGACUUAUCAGGAAUUGAACGCCGAACUUUGCAGAUUAACACUGAACCACCUGGAGAAGGAGCACAUUCGGAAAGUACAGAGUGAUAAUAUUAUGCUUAAAUGAGUAUUGGAACUACAUAUACAGCCCCUGUCAACUCUCUCAUCAUCCUGUCCUGUCAGCUAGCUCUCACUGUCCGGAAACUUUCAUCCAAUCUUGUCCUAUCAGCUAGCUCUCACUGUCUGGAAACUUUUAUCCAAUUUUGUCUUGUCAACUAACUCUCAUUGUCUGGAAACUUUCAUCCAAUCUUGUCAAUUGUACUUCAUUUUUCUAUCGUUCCCCCAACCAAAAAUCCUGCCCGUGCUUAUCGA